AGAGCCAAAAUUUGAAUGCUGCUGCACUUAACCAUCUCAGACUCUCAGUUCCUUUCACUUCGAAAUUUUUUGAGUUGUCUAAACAAAAUGUCACAAAAACACCAAAUUCACAAACUCUACCAACUCUUUUCCUCUUCAAAAACUCCCAUUUACAGCCCCUUAUUACUCAAAACCCUCCCUACACCUCUCAUUACACCCGACUCGCCCGAGUUAACCGAUCUCCCAACUUGGUUUACCAACGCCAAGAACCCACAACUCCCAGACGGCGAUUUCAUCAUCCCCUCACUCACCGAGUGGGUUGAGCCUCACAACCACACAACCACCGUUGAAAUCGGCAAUCACUUGCUGUUCCAACGCGAAGCUAGCGACAUUGAUACACUGAGUGAAAUCUUAAACAAACACUACCCGUCAACGGAUGGCGUUGUCGAGGCGCUACACGGGUGUGGUGUUAACCCAACAGUCGGUUUGAUUUCACAGCUUUUGAAUAGGUUUAGUAAUAACUGGGUUCCAGCGUUUGGAGUUUUCACUUGGGCAAAAACUCAAACAGGUUAUGUGCAUUCGCCCGAGUUGUAUGAUUUGAUGGUUGAUAUCUUGGGGAAGCGCAAGGAGUUUAGUCUCAUGUGGGAUUUAGUUGGGGAAAUGAAAGAUUUAAAAGGGUACGUUUCGUUGGUUACAAUGACUAAGGUUAUGAGACGCCUUGCGAAAGCUGGUAAUUUUCAGGAUGCCAUUGAAGCAUUCAGAGGAAUUGAAAAAUUUGGUCUUAGUAUAGACAUAGAGGCAGUGAAUGUACUAAUGGAUGCGUUAGUUAAAGGGGGAAGCGUCGAGCAAGCUUAUAGUGUGUUUACGGAGUUUAAAGAGAGUAUACCCGUGGAUUUGCAUAGUUUCAAUGUUUUGAUACACGGGUAUUGUAGGGCAAGAAUGUCGGAUAAUGCGAGAAUGAUCAUGAAUGAAAUGGUGAAACAUGGGUUUCAACCUGAUGUUGUUUCGUACACUUGUUUCAUUGAAUUGUAUUGCACAUUGAAAGAUUUUAGAAAUGUGGAUGCGGUGUUAGCUGAGAUGCAAGAGAAUGAUUGCAAGCCUAAUGUGAUAACCUAUACUAUUUGUAUGCAUGCUUUAGGGAAAGCGAAGCAAGUUACGAAAGCUUUGGAGGUUUACGAGACGAUGAAGAGGAAUGGUUGUGUGCCAGAUACUUCAUUUUACAGCUCUUUGAUUUAUAUCUUAUCUCAAUCUGGUAGAUUGAAGGAUGCUUGGGAUGUUUUUGAGGAUAUGAAACAACAAGGAGUUAAUCGUGAUUUAGUGACGUAUAAUACUAUGAUUACAUCUGCUUGUACUCAUUUGGAUGAAGAGAAUUCGCUUAAGUUACUUAGAAGAAUGGAAGAAGAUUCGUGCAAACCGGAUAUACAGACGUAUGCACCUUUGUUGAAGAUGUGCUGCAGAAAAAAGAGAAUUAAGGUGCUAAAGUUUCUGUUGACUCACAUGUUUAAGAACAAUGUGAGUAUCGAGCUGGGUACAUAUGCUCUUUUGGUAAACGGGUUAUGUAGGAGCGGGCAGCUCGAACUUGCUUGUUCGUUCUUUGAAGAAAUGGUAUUGAAGGGAAUGAUUCCUCGAGAUCGGUCGUACAAGAUGUUGGUGGAGGAACUUGAGAAAAAUAAUCUGACAGAAGCUAAGGAAAAGAUUCAGAACUUGAUGUUGCAGACUACACUUUAAUUUAGGCUUAGAGGAUCUUUGAUGAGAUCUAGUUAUGUAUUUUACUUCAUUCUGUCGACUUUUAGAAACAUAAAAAGCAUUAAAAAGGAUAUUUUAUUGAUUUUAA